AUGAAGCGAGAGGCGCAGAAUGAACGAGAGGUGCAGAAUGAACGAGAGGCGCAGAAUGAACGAGAGGUGCAGAAUGAACGAGAGAAUGAACGAGAGGCGCAGAAUGAACGAGAGGUGCAGAAUGAACGAGAGGUGCAGAAUGAACGAGAGGUGCUGAAUGAACGAGUGGUGCUGAAUGAACGAGCGGUGCUGAAUGAACGAGCGGUGCUGAAUGAACGAGUGGCUCAGAAUGAACGAGAGGUGCUGAAUGAACGAGAGGCUCAGAAUGAACGAGCGGCGCAGAAUGAACGAGAGGUGCAGAAUGAACGAGCGGUGCUGAAUGAACGAGCGGUGCUGAAUGAACGAGUGGCUCAGAAUGAACGAGUGGCGCAGAAUGAACGAGUGGCGCAGAAUGAACGAGAGGUGCUGAAUGAACGAGAGGGGCAGAAUGAACAGAGGCGCAGAAUGAACGAGUGGCGCAGAAUGAACGAGAGGGGCAGAAUGAGCGAGUGGCGCAGAAUGAACGAGUGGCGCAGAAUGAACGAGAGGGGCAGAAUGAACGAGAG